AACUUUUAUAUAAAAAUUUAGAUUUAAAUCUGGUAUUCAAUUCUAAAAAUAAAAUAGAAGAACAUGGCUGGUCUCAAGAUUGCUUUUCUCAUCAUAGGCGCGUUCCUCUUGGCUACACAGGUCGAAUCCAAACCCGUCAACGACAUACUCAUUGUAAAAAUCCUCAAGGAGAUUAUUAAAGUAGUCGACAACGUAGUUAACCAAGUCCUUGCCGGGGCCGAAACCAUUGUCGCUAUCAUAGAUGGCAAUUACGUGGAAUUAGAAAAUAAGCUUGUUGACAUUACCAGAAAUGUUGUCACACAAAAUCUUGAUAGGUUUAACAAAGUUCUGAACGAAAUCAGUAAACACGGUAGUGCUGAUGAACAAAAAUUGAUCGCCUGUUUUACCAGUGAAGAAUCAGAUGUUGCUGAUAUUCCUGCAAAUUUUGUUAAGAGUAUUUCUUCAUGUGUUGAAGACGACACUUCCACUUUACUUUCUGACUUAAUGCCACUGAUCAAGGAUCUAUACCGUACUGCCAAUAAAACUAGCACUAUUGUUGGCGAUCUGGUCUACUGUGAUGGAAAUGGCGUAUUUGAUCUACUCUGCGUCGCUCAAGUUCUCGAUGACAUCACGGCUGCAAUCGUCAAAGAUAUUCCCGUCAUCGUUUCCGAUCUGGUCCCCAUUCGCCACGACUCGCAGGAUCUCCAUGAAACCGUUGUCAAAUGUUUGAAAAGUUCUGUCUUAGAUAUGUUGGCUCAACUUGAAAAAGUGGGCAGCUCAAUUAAUUCCUGCUAUGAGUCCUAAUUUUUAUAUUGUAGAAAUCUGUAUAAUUUAUAUAUAAAAAUGUCAAAGACUUUUUAUUAAAAAUAAUUAAAAUAUCUAACGGUUGAAACCGUUUUCGUUAUUUAGACUCAA